CUCGAGACCUGCCUGCCCGCACGCCCACGCACGCGCCUUGCCUUCCUUUGCUCCCUCGCUAUAGAUCCUUCUUUCCCGGCUCGGCUCGGGGAUCUCUCUCCCACUCUGUUCCAUUCCCGCUCGCGGCGUGGUGCCUUCUUUUAUUGUUUGACUAUUUAGCCCGGGAGGCGAUUCGGUUUCUGAUGAGCUGGGAUUCGCCGCGCAGAUCCGGCUCCUUCGAGGCCGGGCUCAGGGCCGCCGCCACCGCCACGGCUUCUUCGUCCGCCUCCUCCAGGGAGCACCGCAAGCAGCCGUCGUCCCCUCGUCUCCAUCGCAGCCGCUCGUCCGCCGGCGGCCCCUCCAAGGCGUCCCCGUCCCCGGAGAGGCGGCGCAGCGUUGGCGGCGCGGGCGCAAUGCAGCAGCAGCGGUUGGCGCAGCUGGAGGAGGAGCUCCGGAGGGAGCGCGAGGAGAAGGCGCGGGCGCUGAGGGAGCUCGAGGAGGUGAGGAGGGAUGGCGAGAGCGGGGCCAAGGGCGCCGCGGAGAAGGUGCAGCUGCUCGAGCGGGAGGUGGACAAGUCCAAGGAGUCGGAGCGCAAGAUGCUCGAGUCGCUGAUAUACCAGACCAAGCAGCUGGAGCAGACCAAGAUCUCGCUCGAGGAGGCCAAGCUGGAGAUCGCCACGCUGCGGCAGGCCAACAAGGGUCUCGAGGCGGCGGCGGCCCGGCGCGGCGGCGCGGCGGAGCAGAGGAGCGUCAAGGACCUCAUGUUCGGCGGCGCCGACGAGGAGAUCAGGGUCCUGCGCAGCGAGCUCCGGACGGCGAUGCAGGGCGAGGAGCGCAGCCGGAAGGCCGCGGACGACCUCUCCGUCGCGCUCUCCGACGUCACCAUGGAGGCCAAGCAGGUCAAGGUCUGGCUCUCCGAGGCGCAGGCCGAGCUGGAGGCGGCCAGCGCCGAGGCCGAGCGGCUGCGCGGGGCGCUGGCCGCCGCCGAGGCCAGGCUGCGCGCCGUGUCCGCCGAGCACGAGCGGUGCAGGCUCGAGGCCGAGGAGUGCGCGGCCGCGUGGGGCGACAAGGAGCGCGUCCUGCUCGACUGCGUGCGCGCCUCCGAGGAGGAGGUCAACCGCGCGCGCCAGGAGAACACCAAGCUCGUCGAGUCGCAGCGCGUCAUCCGCGACGAGAACGCGCGCCUGCGGGACAUCCUCAAGCAGGCCGUCGCCGAGGCCAACGUCGUCAAGGACUCGCUCGAGCUCGCCCGGGCCGAGAAUGCGCGCCUCAACGACGCCGUCGCCGACAAGGACGGCGCGCUGCAGAGCCUCCGCCAGGAGUACGAGUGCAUAAAGGUCAGCGAGGCCGCCGCGCAGGGCAGCCUCAAGGAGCUCAACAGCCUCCUCGCCGCGACGACCACGGCGUGCGGCACGCCCGCGUCCACCAAGACCGCCCCCGCGCCGGACUACAGCUUCGAUCAGCGCCUGCCGAACGGCAGCAAGAGCGGGACGCCGCAGUCGGCGUCGCAGCGGUGGAUGGCGGACAAGCCCAGGACGCCGGGCAGCCGGAGGUACUCGAUCGGCGAGCCGGGCAAGCUGAAGGGCGGCUUCUCGCAGUCGGCGCGGAUGGGGAGCCUGAACCCCAAGGAACGGGUGUUCGCGUCGCUGAGCAACAUUGCCGACCUCAAGUCCGCGGCCGACGCGGCCAUGGAGGACUUCGACGACGAGUUCGAUCACAUCGACGAGAGCCACUACGCUGACAUGGAGGAUUCCAUGAAGCACAAGAAGAAGAGGCCGAUAUUCCGCAAGUUCGGUGAUUUGUUCAGGAGGAAAAGCUUCUACAAGCCGAAUUUAGCGCCAGUACACACACACUAAAUUUUUUUUUCAAUGUAAUGCUUGUAGCUCUGUUCUGUUCCUCUGAAUACACGAGAAAUGAAAGAUUAUUUGAUCA